UAGGUUUAGCCUAAGGCUUUGACAUAACACCCGGGAGAAGAUGCCAAACCAUCCUACUGGCGACUUGAAAUCUCCUUUCCUACACGCGUGUGACCUACGCACGGUGUGCACGACCACGAGCAGGCUAGGUAGGCGAGAUGAGGUUGUUGACUGACAGGGAGAUCGAGAACGCCGACCUGCACUACCGCGUCGAAACUCUAUUGAUAUCAAAAAGCGAGGAAAUGUGGGGGAUGCGCUUGCACGAAGCAAAGGCCAUGAGCCACUCCACUGCAAAAAUAUCUUCGCAAGCUUCUCAGCUGCGUAAGGACGCGAACUUCGGGUCGUGUGGAGGAAAUCGCGAACAUGGCACGGUGAAACCCCUGAACACCGAAACACUGACACUUGCAGAGAUCUCCAGGGCUUGUUCGUCUCGGGCUAGAACAGGAGCACGAAGCCGAGAUCGAGACAUCGUUGUCGGUUCAACGUUGAGAUCGCCUUAUCGAUUCUACCCAAGUCAUCGCGGACGUCGUCUAUCCUGAGCGCAGCACACACAUCUCUAGCACCUUUUGCACUUGGAGGUGCGAUGUCGCGUGUAUGCCAGCGCUUUGGUGGAGUACGCGAUGUCGACUUGGAAGGUCAAGUGGUGUGGGCACCUUAGGCUUGAGAAGCCUCCUAAAGUACGCUUGGGCCUCCCUUCCAACCCCCUUCUACGGUCUAUCUUUGACAGCCUGUCAAUCGGCUUGGGACCCGCGUAGAACCAGGACGAUUUUUGUCUGAAGAUACAGAGCCCACUACCACUACCUGAUGUUCUUCCUCUUGCAGGUGAGAACGAUGAGCUCGACACACCCAGCAUAGGGCACAGAGUAAGGAGCUCUAAACACUUUGAAUCAGCUAUCAAACAGGGCAAUUUGAUAGCGGUUGUCGCUCUUAGGUCACGCCCUUAGUCAGGUCUGGGUUCGAGACCUUGCAGACAAGAUGCGUGGCGGGCAAUGGCCUCGUCGGACGCCAAACUGGUGGCUUUUCCACUUGAAGGUCCGACCGUUAUGCUCCUGAGCUCCCUUCUGAGCCUGACAGGAGUGCCGCCGCCAAUCAGCAUGGUAGAACCAUUGGUGCUAGCCUCAUUGUGGCCUUGCGCCGGGUGUCUUUGGUCAAAAGGGGUUUGUACAUGGCUGGCUUUUUCAAAAAGGCUGUGGGCAAGGUAUACAAUGGCCCCUGGCCUGCCUUGCUGCAGUCCUUGUUCAACUAUCCUUCUACCAACUCGCCUGGCCGUUGGCCUCCAGAAAGCACAAUUCAAGCAGCUUCUAACAAGUCUCUCGUUACGUUGUUCAGGGCGGACAACUGAAAACCGAGCCACGCCAGUCUUUUCUCUGGUCAUCAGCUGAAGCGCUCCCUUCAACUAAUACCUACCGACUUUCCUAGCAUGCCAGCAUGAGGUUCGCAAAGACGUUCGGUUUAUUAACCUUGGGGCUGGCGAGCAAUGUGUUGGCCCAUUCUGCUUCGGCUGGUUGUGUCAAUACCGUGACAACGACGACUACAAUUACCGAGACCAUCUUCAAGGAAGCCACUACGAUCUACUGGUCGACCGUCACUGCUGAGCCAACAGUUUGCGCAACCACCACGAUAACCGUUCAGGGAGGUGAUAGUACUUCUUCGCCCUCAGAUACAGCCGUCAGCGUGACGGGCGACAGCACACCGGCGCCCGCAGAGACAACUGCCACCACGGUUGACGCGGAGCAAGCCAACGAGUCUUCAUCAGGGACCACAGCCACUCUGACGGUAGCUACCGUUGACGCGAUCAGCCAGUCUUUAUCAGAACCUAUAACCACCGUAACCGCUCUGACGGAAGCUACUGUUGCCACGACCACCAUAACGAAAGCUAUCGUUGACGCGAACACGCAGUCUGGUGACUUGAGCACUCUCGGCACCAACGCUGAAGUGUUUACCUACACGGGUGUGGCUCCUACAGCGGCAACCUCUUCGCUUCCGGCGCCGACCUACACCGAUUCCCCGGUCAAUGGCUCUUUGGCAGUUCCUGGCUCUUCGUCCUCCAAUGUCACCGCUCCCCAGACGGGCGACGAAGGCGGUUCUUGCAACACCGCAGCUGACCGGAGCAAGUGGUGCGAUGGGCGCAGUAUCAGCACCGAUUAUUACGCAGCUGAAUACUCGACCGGCCAAACUUGCUCGUAUGAACUGACCAUCACGAACACCACCAUGGACUUUGAUGGAAGCGGACCCAAAAUGGUCUUUGCCAUCAACGGCCAGGUCCCAGGGCCGCUGAUCGAGUGUAAUUGGGGCGACAUCCUGAAAGUUACGGUCCACAACCAGUUGCAGAACAACGCGACCUCCAUUCACUGGCAUGGUAUCACGCAGAAGGGAACCAACGACCAGGAUGGUGUACCAGGAGUCACCGAAUGUGGUAUUGCUCCUGGCACCUCUCGCACAUAUACUAUGAAACUCAAUCAAUACGGCACUGGAUGGUAUCAUUCACACGCCAUGACCCAGUAUGGGGAUGGAAUUCGUGGACCUAUGAUUGUUCACGGUCCUGCCACUGCCAACUACGACAUUGACAUGGGUACUGUCAUGAUCGACGACACCUUCCAAAUCACCGCAGCCCAAAUGAAUGAGCGGAUCGCCCACACUGGUCCGACUGAGACGGUUAAUUACUUGCUGAAUGGCAAAAACACACUUCCCGAUCUCUCUGCCGGCCAGCACGCUAUGUGGUCCGUCCAACCGGGCAAAAAGCAUCUGUUCCGCUUCAUCAACUCCGGUGUGCAGAACAUGUACACGGUACACUUCGACAACCAUGUUAUGACAGUGAUUGCUGCCGACUACGUGCCAAUCGUCCCAUAUACGACCGAAUGGCUACACAUCGGCAUCGGGCAACGAUACGAUGUCAUCGUCGAGAUGAACCAACCGGUUGCAGGAUACUUUUUGCGAGCUAUCACUCAGACUGGCUGCCCCAGUGGCUGUGGCAACAGCGGUCUCGGCAACGCCAAUGGCAUCAUACUCUACGAGGGUGCGGAGGCCACUCUGCCAACGUCAACCUAUGGCAACAAGACAGCGUCCGACUUCGCCAUUUGCGAGGACGAACCCAUCGCCUCCUUAGUGCCGUACCUCGAGAAGCCAGCAGGGUCUGCGGAUGCGUUCGCAGCUACGGCCUCCACGCUGCCCGCUGGAACUGUCGCGCGGGUAGAAACCAGCGAUGACGGCAACGUGGUUCGUUGGUACAUCAACAACGGUGCCAUCCACGUCAACUAUACACAACCGACUCUUGAGACGAUCGCCGAGAACAGGAAUAGCUCGCUUAUUUCGAAUGCCAUCACGCUGAACGUGGCCAAUCAAUGGGUCUAUUUCAUUAUCCAGAACCAAUUCUAUGCGUCACAUCCAAUGCAUUUGCACGGUCAUGAUUUCAGCUUGUUGGGUCAAGGAACCGUCACCUGGACGCCGAGCUUGGUGUCAACACUGAACUUCAAGAACCCAACCCGCCGCGACACGGCCAUGCUGGUUGGUUCGGCCGGACCUGGGCACCCGGCCGGUUAUACAGUUAUCGGUUUCGAAACGGACAACCCUGGUGCAUGGUUGAUGCAUUGCCAUAUUGUCUGGCACGUCGAUGGCGGCCUCGCACUUCAGUUCACCGAGAGGCCCGCAGACAUACUGCCUUACGCCAACUCUACCGCCUUCAAGGACGAGUGUACCAGCCUUGCCGCUUGGCAGGGUAAUGACACGGCUCGUGUGCAUACCUCUGCCGAAUCUGGACUCCGGCGCCGUGCGUAUCUUAGCGAGUUACUCGAUCCACCUUCCAGAGACGUUGUUCGUCGGGCCGACUCCCCGGAGAAGCAGUAUCUUGAGUCCAAGAUAAAGCGAGGGCUGGGAGACGGUUAUACGCAUCGUCAUAUACGACGGUAGCGUCUUGUAUGAUUGACCAUGUUUCACGAUUUUGUCAGCAGCAUGAUUUGGGCGCAGGAAAGAUAUGAUAUCCCAACGGCAUUACUUCAGGAAAAGGCGUUGUGCCAUUAGCAAGGUCAAAUAUGGCUAUUAUAGUGUUAAUUAUUUGUACAUACUGUGUUGAAAAGCAGAAUUGAACUCCAAAUUGUAGGGAAUAAGACCAUAUCAUCUCUCUGUUUCGUAGACUUGAAU